AUGUUCAAGAACACAAUCAGCACGAAAGUCGAGAACAUUAUGCUGGACUUUUUGGUCGAAAAAGCGAAAGAAACGGUGCAGAAGCUGAAUCUCAAAAAACUUUGGGGCGAUCUCGAAGAUUCGGGCAAAAUUGACAUAUCGGCCGAUAAAAUGGCCAAUCAGUACGUCGAAUUCGGCAAUCCGAUGAGCACAAUCUAUUUUUGCAGCUUUCAAAAGAAGCUGGCACCGCGAAUUCAUGAGAUGCAACUGCAAACGGACAUAAAAGUGAUUAUUCUGUUCGCUGCGAGCAUUCCGGUCGACAAACACUUUCUGCAGAAGCUGAGAAAUAGAGCGGAUGUUGAGGUGGAUCGGGACGGAGCCAUCUCCAGAUACACGCCGCGGAGAAGCGCGCAGAAACGGAAACUUCGAGAGGAAGCGGAACUGACGAUCGACGGAACCGUUCCGAUGCCCAUUCUCAUUCGCCCGAUCAAAACUGAGCCAGACUCCAGCUAUGAGCUGAGUGAGAUCAAGAACGAAGAAGAGCAAAAGUACGAUCCGGGAGAAAUGGGCGGAAUGAUGGAAAUGUUCAUGAACUCGCUGAAGGAAAUGCUCGACACACAGACGAUGUUGAUGGAGAGACUUCUGGACAAAGAGGAGCCCGUGACGAGCAAGAAACAGAUUUUGCACUCGAUUCGAACGCUUAUUCUCACUUUGAACCACUCGGAGCUCAGUGGAGCACUUCAGAAGGUCGAUAAAGCCAUUCAGAAGCUCGAAGAGCACGACGAGGUGAGGAAAAUGAACAGAACCUUGAAAAGAUACGUUUUCAGAAAAUCGCGAAGAAAAAGGCGCGCUCCUUAAUUGACAGCCUCGUCGGACAGUUCAUUGCUUAA